AUGUUAAAUGUUUCUGAAGCCGCUGCAGAGCUCAGAAUCCAGAAUAAGUCCUACCUGGGAUUAGAGCCACUCCCCACCCCCACCCCCACCACCAGUGGCCCUGCAGAAGGUGAUGGGAGACCGCCACAGGAGACUGGAGGCUUAUCUAACAAGGUGGUGUUGGCAUUAAAGGGCAGAUCUGAGAAGCAAAGGAAGGGAUUAAGUAUUGCAGACAAGGUUGACUGGGCUGAGUUAGCCAUUGUGAAUCCAGAUUCCAAGGCAACCGCCAAAGAAAACAUGCAGAUCAGGGGCAAGGACCAGAACCUAAGGCUUGUAGGCUCAGAGAGGCUGUGUCUUCGCAACAGAUAUCAGGUGCAGUAUAAGCUGCAGCUACCUGCUCAGCCGGAUAAGCCUUUAAUCAUGGAAAGAAGGCUCCUAAAGAAGGAAAUGAAAAAGCUCCUGGGAGAUUAUAUUGGCAUCAGACUUCGGGAAAAUGAAUUUGACCCAAAAGGAAGAAGGCAACUCACCUUUCUAGAUGAUAUGAACAGGCUUAGCAGCGCCACUGUCCCUGGGUCUGGGGAGUGCUGUGGCCGGUGUCUAAGCUGCUCCGUUGCCCUCUGUGCUUCCCGCUUCCAGGCACACUACGACUUGGCCAUCAGUGUCGCUUUGCAAUGGCUGGAUCGCCCAGAAGACUUAACUUGGCUGGAGUGGGAGAAAGUGAAAAGGCCAUUUUGGGGCAGACCCAUAUAUCCAAACCACAGAGAAAGAGAAGCAAUGAUUUUAUCAUCUUAUGCUGGAAUCUUAAUGAACAGCAUCCCAAUUGAGGAAGUCUUUAAAAUUUAUGGAGCCGAUUCUUCUGCCAAUUCUGGUGCUACCAAGGUUCCCCGAGCUCCACCUUUCCGCCUCUCCUUGCACCCUUUUGCUAUGUUAACAGCACCCAAAGCAGCAGAGUAUGCCCGCAAGCAGAGUAAGCCUGUUUACUCCCAUCCGCUUAGAGAAAUUUAAAUCGGGGGGGAACUCACAAAGUAAGGUCAAAGUUGUUAUGGGAAUAACAUCUCUCUGGUUGAAUUAAAAGAACUGGGAGAACAUAUGGCUCGAUUUCCCUCUGUUAUUGAAAUCAGGGAAGUCUUACUUUUGGACUGUUUGUUAAUGGGAGCAAAGCACUCAUGAAGGGAAAGAUUUAAAACUGUGGAUGGACUUACUUUUUUAAAGGUUUUUUUGUACAGAUAUGUUUCCUACGUGUGUCUCUAGGUGUCAAGUUAAGAAGGGGAACAAUGAAUAAAAACGCCACCAGCAGCUCUACAAGGGAAGUAAAUGCCACAGAACAGAAAUCAUCAAAAAAUGUAUCUUUGGACAGACAGCCAAAGAACAAAGUCACUUAGAAACUUGGAAUUGCACCAUGGGACUUCAUAAUAAAGUCCCUGGGAGAGGAAAAGAAACAUCAUCUCAAAACUGCAACUCUUGCCAGCAUGUUUUCCUUUACAGUGAGCUUUGAUGCAAAGUGCAUUGAAGUGUUAUUUUUGGAUGUUGAGCAUUCUUCUUUAGAAUCAUAUAUAACUACAUUUAGGUUUUAAAAAUGCGUGUAUCUUAUGCUACUUCAUUGUGAGUAGAAGACUGUCGGUUGGAGAAUUCCAAGAAUAUAUAGUAUUUCUAUGUCAGAGCAGGCUGGCUUUUAGCACAUUUUACAAAUGUUUAGCACUGAAUAUUGCAAGGUGGUGGAGUAGGAGGCAGUUUUCCUUAGUUUCAAUCCAAAAUAAAAUUAAUCUAUCAUUGAUUGCCUUUACUAUGUUGUCAUAUGGAAACAUUUAAAAUCAUUUCAAUAAAG